UUUGGCAAAAGGAACCCAGACUUCGCAAGCUGGGUUUGUGUCGUUUUCUGCUUCCUCUAUUUCUUACUUGAAUCUUUCGUUUUCUUGUCGAUGCAUUUAAGGAGCUCAUUUGACUCAAAAAAAUGGGUGAAAUUUCUGCGUUUUUCAUCAAUCUCGAUCAAAUACCGUUCUUUUAAAAAAAAAAAAAAAAAAAAAAAAAAUCAAAAACAGCUUGCGCGAUGCUCGUAUCUGCUUGAAGACUAAUGUUGCUUACCCUGUUGUCUCUUUCCAAGGAGUAGUUUUAGAUGCAGUUUUAGAACUGUUAAAACUCAUUUUUAUUUGUGGGUCGGCUCUUCCUGAACAUUGAUUGUAUUUCGUCGGUGGGAGUUUGAUGCUUUUAUGGUGGUUCCUUGUUGUUUGUGUUAUCUGUCUCCUUAAUUCUGAAUAAAAAAUUGUAGGCAUCGAGAUUAGGCACUUUUUGAAGUUUAUGAUUCGCUUCUUGAGGAUCUAUUUGCUUCGCAUAAGAAUUAAGUGGGAUUCAAAUCUAGUUGUCUUUAUUGGGUCAUCAGGAAGCUAGUUGUCUUUCUUUUAAGUGCAUAGAUUUAGACAUCAAAGGAAAACAUAUCCAUUGACAGAUAAAUGGCUAUGGAGCAGUACUUUGAGGAGGCCUUGUCUCAAAAUGACUCAUUUGGAGAGGAUAAGUCUUCCCUAGAAAAGUGGAAAUCUGUCUCUGAUGCAUUCGCAUAUGCUGAAAAUAAUACUUCGGAUGGUUUUGAUUGCAACAUCUGUCUAGAGACUGUGCAAGAUCCAGUGGUGACACUCUGUGGUCACCUGUACUGCUGGCCCUGCAUUUACAAAUGGCUUCAUUUCCAGAGCGAAUGUUGUGAAGAUCAAGACCAGCAACAGCAGCAAUGCCCUGUAUGCAAAGCUGAGAUUUCCCAAACAUCCCUAGUCCCACUCUAUGGCAAGGGCCAAACGACAAAACUUUCUGAAGGCAAAGCCCCUAGUCUUGGGAUAGUCAUACCUCGAAGACCUCUUGGUCCUGCUAGUGGGUUUGACACACCAAGAUCAACUCAGCAAUUUUACCAGGAAAAUUAUUCGUAUCAAGGACAACAAUACCACCCCAACUCAGGCCAUUACAAUACUUUUUCGAUGCUCAACCCUGCCGAUACAACGACAAAUAUGUUUGAUUCACGGAUUGGUGUGUUUGGAGAAAUGGUGUAUGCAAGGGUGUUCAAAAACACCAUAACAAACGUAUAUACAUAUCCAAAUUCAUACCAUCUUUCAGGGAGCAGUAGUCCAAGAGUCAGAAGGCAUGUAAUGCAGGCUGCUAAGUCGCUCAACAGAAUCUGUUUUUUCAUCUUCUGUUUCUCCAUCUUAUGUCUUCUUUCGUUCUGAAUCUCUCUUCCUGCCCCUAUUGUGUACUGUUGAAAAAAUUAUGAGUUUUCGAGAUGAUGGACAUCUUUAUUUCAGCCGGAUGUACUACUAGAUGUUAGGGAUAUUGAAUUUCCAGUGGCAGAGCUGUGAUUGUAUGUAAUUAUUAUUAAUAUUAUUUUCCACAACUAUGGCUAUAUGCAAGAGAGGACUCUUUUUACAA